CUGAUGAGCUCGACCAGUAUCGGCCAGUUGAUGUCUGAUAUGCGUCAGCUUGUUAUCAAUUUACAAACACGCGAACGUGCCACAGAUAUUGCUCUUGCGAAGAGUCAGGUUGUCCAGGAAAAGAUUUCUGGAAUGAAGGAGUACCAGGAAGAAGUGGCCAAUAUGAAUGAUUGCUGGCGGAUGCAAGGCCGCAAAGUACUUGUUGCUGGUUUACAGCAUGAAAAUCGACAGAUUUUGCAACUAAAACAAGAAAACAGCGAACUUCGGCAUAUCCUCGAAGACUGUGAGCGGACUUUGCAGUUAGUAAUGCAGAAGCAUCGAUAUAUUGUAACCAGGCUUACACAGCAACUCUCAGCGAUUAUUCGCUCCUCAAAUAAGUUGAAAAACAAAGAGUAUGAAAGUUCGGUAAGCGAGAAGGUUGUCGAGUUAUCGAGAUUGUUGAAUGACUGCUUCAGGACCGGCGAAAGUGGCUCAAACUAUGAUCAAGAGCUGAUUGCAAAACUGGCCACAGAGAAUGCAUGUCUCAGGGAACUGUUGAACAUUUCAGCUCAUAAUGAGCCCGGUCUAACACUCGAGUUCCUGAGACAUACAACAACCGAUCGACCCAACUCCAACAGUGACGGUAUUAUUGAUUCAAAUGAAAGUGAUGCAGAAGGUGAGAAGGAGCAGGCUUUGUGCAAGCCCACUCCUUUUUCAAUUCCGAAUAUUGGAAACUGUCAAACAAGUGCAAAGUUCGGUGAUGCAUUCUUCGUGUGUGUAUCAAUUUAG